UCGGUGCGGUCACACUGUCUGUUAGACCAUGCGUUGUUUGGAUUAUUGAAAAUGGAUUCUAUUAUUUUCGACACGAAAGGCGAGCAUGAAUUGGGUGGCGCGCAAUCAAAAAGGAUUGCUUACAAAAGAGAACUUCUGCUGCGGGAAGAGAAAGAUGGCGGAAGCGAUGACGACCCACAGGAAGGAGAAGUACAGUUAUUUGGCCUGAAGCUAAACUUCAACGAAGUGCUCAGCGCUGUGAGUCCUCAGCCUGCUGCAAUCAAGAAACUGAAGCCGAUCGCAGAGCCAAAUCACAGUUAUGACCAUGAUCGGGCCACGCUGCAGGAAAACGUGGCGAAGGAUCUGAAGGGCUCAAGGCUGGCGUUAAAUCCAGACCUUAGCCAACGCAGUGCACUUCCCACCGUGGGCAAAAGGCAGCAACCCAUUAUAAAUAGAGCUGAACGCGCCAAAUCCAAGGGAAAAGGCUGGUUUGAUUUGCCCGCAACGGAAGUCACUGAGGAAAUGCGAAACGAACUUAAAAUAAUCCAGAUGCGGUCGGUUUUGAACCCUAAACAAUUCUACAAGAAAAACGACCUCAAAUAUGUUCCUAAGUUUUUCCAAAUUGGUACUGUGCAACCCUCAGCCUUAGACCACUAUAACGAAAAGAAGUCGAAGAAGAAACAGUCUCUAGUUAAUGAGUUGCUAGAAGACGAGAGCUUCCAAAUGUUCAACAAGAGGAAAUAUAAUGAGGUGAUUCAACGCACGGAAAAAUACGCCCAUAAAAAACGAAUGCAAAAAAUGAAAAAACUUAAGAAAAAUAAAUGAAAAGAAAACGUUGACACUUUGGUUUGUUCGUCAGAAUAUUUUAGAAUAUUGUUUUAUAAUACGACAUUAGCUAGCCAAGUUAAAAUUGUGUGCAUUCCAGGGUUCGUAAAA